AAGCAUAGUUAUGCUUACAGCCAAUCAAAUUCUAAUAUUAGAUUGCAAGCAACGCUUUACAGUAAACAAUAAGUGGCUAUGAGAAGCUGCGCUACGGCACUACAUCACUCUAUUCCUCUCAUUCCCAGAAGGCAAACCCCCAAUUACUAAAUCCACCAGGUAUUCCACUUAUAAUUCUAUUGAUGUAGUGAUUACGGUGGAUUUCUCGAAACUGGACGCCUCUGUUUGAGGCUGCCUUGGCUGUUCCUCCCUUUACACUACAAUGGGAAGGACUCUCGGUGACUCCCCCCCGACAGCAACUUUGACGCCGUAAAGCCGAUGAAAAGCCACAUUACAAAGCAUAGAGACGUUUGUUUAGCUUCACACGACAUUAUAAAUACUAAAUCAAUUGUUUCGUGGAUUAUCAUGCUGGAUCUUUAGUCUGCGCGGCCCUGUCUUCCCAAUUCGGAAUCUAUUCACGAUGUAUGCUUCUAUGUUGACUUUACUGGCUUUAGCCAGCAAAACCGCUUUUGCUUUACCAGCACCGGCAGAGCAGACAGCAGGUGUACCGCUCCCGGCACACACCAUCUUUCAGCUUGACGACACCCUCCCUAACAGCUGGUUUGAAAAUAUAGCGGUGCGUCGGAACGGCGACCUCCUCGUGACCAUGUUGAUGCCAAAUGCUUCUAUCUACUCCAUUUCGGAACCGCUGUCGGGCUCGCCCAAGGCAUCUAUCACCAAUAUUGACGGUGCUAACGGUCUGCUUGGUAUCACUGAGAUCUCCCCAGAUGUCUUUAUUGUUGCAGGCGGCCAAUUUAGUGGCAUUGCAGAACCGGUUCCGGGGACUAUGGCCGUGUGGGAAGUCGAUUUCAGAAAGGAAGAACCGACUACAAGACUUGUCGCAAAAAUGCCUGAAGCGGGAUUACUCAAUGGAGUGGCUACCAUAUCCAGAUGCUCGUCUGCUGUUCUCAUCGCGGAUACCGGGAUGAGCCGGGUCUGGCGCGUCGACACAGUCACUGGCGCUUACGAGAUAGCGGUAGAAGUGCCUGAGAUGCUACCAUUGGCUAACGCCACGUUACAAUUGGGGGUUAAUGGAGUGGAUGUUCGCGAUGGUUACUUGUAUUUUGACAACAGUAAUCGUGCGUCCAUCUUUCGAUUGCCCAUCGACAAGCGUGGUAUGGCAGUCGAGGGUGUUGAACCCGAGCUACUCACCAAGCUCACGCACGGCAAAAAUAUGGAUGACUUUCUUAUUGACGAGGAAGGGAGGUUCUGGGCGGCCACCAACUCUGAUAAUACCGUGGAAGUUGCCGAUGGGAACUCACCGAGUGUUGUUGUCCUUGGUUCGCCGUCCGAGCUCACUGUUGCGGGAGAUACAGCUCUGGCUUUCGGUCGGACGAAGGCCGAUAAGAACAUUAUCUACGUAGUAACUGGUGGUGCAGUUGCUAACCCUGUCAAUGGCACGCUAACAGAGCCAGCCAAGGUGGUUGCAAUUGAUAGAACCGGGUUUUGAUGAUUAGUUCGUGUGCUGGCAGAGUAUUACUUGAGGCUGAUAAUCGAAGACGCAAGAGCUUAGAUACCUAUCCUCACGUAUGGCGUGAUUGGAGUUAUACUGUGUACUAUGUAGUCGGAGAAAUAGAAAAUGACUUUAUUUUA